GCCGUCUUCAGAGUUCUACCCCGGUCCGGCAUCUACUCCAACAUCGUGUGCGUCGUCUCCGCGCGGCGAGGAGCCAGCAUCGCCUCACGGCGGAGCCUUACAGCCGACGUUCUUUCAUCAUCAGCCUUAUCAUCGGCCGUUUUUCUCUGCUGGGCGACGGGGACCUGGUCGACCUAGAAAGGAUGGGCCUAAAUUGACUAGAGAAGGGAAGAUAGUUAGAAGGUAUAGAGGCAACCCGGGGUCCGUGCGCGGAGCGAAGAGGCAUCGCGGUAGUCGUGACGAUGCUCUGGAUGAAAUGAUGGACGAGGAUGACUUUACCAUGCCGGCGCCGGAGGAGCCGCCUUAUAUGCCGGAAAAGUGGCCAGGUAAACUAUGCGCUCUGUGCAACCUAUCGGAGCGGAGCCAACUUGGCCAAGGCGAGAUGCGGCAGGUCCUAUGCAAGGACAUCGAAGGUGACGGCAGCACCACUCCGACCGUUGCCUCCGGCGGCGGCACGCCCACCAACGCCGCCACUCCGACGAGCACGCCCACCACGCCGGUGCCUCCCGGCCUGGCGUCCCCCCCGCCUGAGAUGGCCGACGCCAACCCGCACCCGCUUGGCCUGCCUCUCAGUCGUCGCCAGAAAGCCUUCAAUAAGUGCAAAACUCCUCUCUACAAUAUGGAGCAUACGGACGAGCUUUCAAUCAUUGGUCACGCGGAGAUCUUAGAACUGACAGGAGUAGUGACCUCUGGAGCGUUUUACACUCACCGGUGCUGCAUAGAGUUUAGCCCUCCCUUCCAGGACCAGACGAUGGGACCUGAAGAGGAUAAAGAUCAUAUUGAAGAAGCGAGGAUAAGAGGGAUUGUGACCAAUGCACUGACGAGGAAAUGUGCCUUUUGCAACAAACAUGGUGCUAGUAUUCCUUGUAAGAUGAGCUGCAGCAAGUUCUUCCAUUUACCAUGCGUUCUUGCGUCUGGAGGGUUCCUUGACUUCCAGACGCGAUCCGCCUUCUGCAAGGACCAUUUGCAUCAAGUGCCCGUUGUAUGUUCUGCGGACAUCGACUGCCGCACGUGUCACACGAUCGGCGACAUCGCCAACCUGAUGACGUGUGUGGUCUGCGGCGCCCACUACCACGGCACUUGCGUCGGCCUCGCGCAGAUGCCAGGCGUCCGUGCGGGCUGGGCGUGCCGUUCGUGCCGCGUGUGCCAGGUGUGCCGCGCGGACUGCGCGCCGGGCGUGGCCCCGGCCGAGGCCCGCGCCGUCACCUGCGAGCACUGCGACAAGCUCUACCACGCCACGUGCCUGCGCCCCAUCAUGGCCACCGUGCCCAAGUACGGCUGGAAGUGCAAGUGCUGCCGCGUGUGUUCGGACUGCGGUUCGCGGUCCCCCGGUGCGGGGCCCUCGUCGCGUUGGCACGCGCACUACACCGUGUGCGACUCGUGCUACCAGCAGCGCAACAAGGGCUCCUGCUGCCCGCUCUGCCGCCGCGCUUACCGCGCCGCCGCCUACCGCGACAUGAUACGGUGCACCAUAUGCAAGAGAUACGUACACGGCAUGUGCGACCCGGACGCCGAGCCAAGCUCGUACCGGCAGAAGAAAGAACAGAACCCGUCGUAUGAGUACAACUGCCCCAUCUGCAAGACGCACAUGCAGAUGGCCGGCAGUAAGUCCAGUACUGCUACCGCUACUACCGCUACUAGUUCUGCUUCUUUCGAAGACGAUACAAUGGCGUCGACAUCACAAGAUUCCUCGUUCGACGAUACGCCGACUACGCAGCAGGAACAAGAUCCUCUUGCUAUAGAACCCAAGUCCGACGUAGGCCUCGGCAAAGGGAAACCUUAUACAGUAUCAUCAAAAGUAGCUAAGAAAAAGAUGGGCGGGUACAAGCUGAAAGGAGGCUUCCCCACGGCCGGCAAACUAGGCUUCCAGAAACGGCAAAGAUCAGCUUUGGACUUCGGAAGGAAGAGAGGUUCCAAACCGAAGAUGAGAGGGGUUUUUGGUGUUCCGGGGUUGGGCUUGCAGCGGCCGCAGGCGCCGGAUAACAAGACUCCUGAAGAUGACCCGAGUGUAGAAAACAAGCUAGUCCUCUGUUCGAGUAAAGACAAGUUCGUGUUAACGCAAGACCUGUGCGUGAUGUGCGGCGCGAUCGGCACUGACUCCGAGGGUUGUCUCAUUGCCUGCUCGCAGUGCGGGCAGACGUAUCACCCUUAUUGCGUUAAUAUUAAGGUUUCACAGGUGAUAGUGACACAGGGCUGGCGCUGUCUUGAUUGCACGGUGUGCGAAGGCUGCGGCCAACGCGGCGAUGAACCACUUCUCGUGCUAUGUGACGAUUGUGAUACAACGUGGCAUACAUAUUGUGCCAAACCUCAGUUGCCGGCAGUCCCGAGCUCUGCCUGGAGAUGCGAACGGUGCCGACGAUGUUUGGUUUGCGGUACAAGGGAUCCUGUUGCCUGGGCUGAUAAUUACACUGAGUGCGCGCCGUGCGCGUCUCUGGUGAUGUGCUGCGUGUGCGCCGAGCCGUAUUCGGACGGCGAGCUCAUCAUCCAGUGCGAGCCUUGUCGCCGUUGGCUGCACGCCGCCUGCGACGCCAUCAAGAGCGAGACCGACGCAGAGACCUGCUGCCGCGCGGGAUACAAGUGCGUGCUGUGCCGUGGCCGCGACGUGGCCCCGCCGCAUUUGGCGCGUGCGCCGGAGGCGGUUAAGCCCCCCCUACCGCUGCCUCGCCCCCUGCCGCGCCCUACGCCGCAAUCGCUGGGUCUGGGCGGCGAGUACUACGUCGACGACGUCUGCUUGUCGCAGCACGGCGCUCACCACAUGAAGCAGCUCGAGGCGGAGAUGGGAAUCACGCACACCAGAAGGAAGAGGCGGUUCAAGAACGAGAAUACCGAGAAAGAAGCCGUGGUACAGAACGCCGACGCCGAGGGCGACGACUCCAAGCCGGAUAGCACCGCUGAAAGCAAGGAAGAGCCUGGUUCAGCAAAUACAAAUCUAAAAGAAGGCGUACUAUGGAACGUAGCGAACGACGGCCCUGUCCCAGAGGGUUUCACCAUUUACACUACAGAGUCCGGCCUUACAGUGCUGCGACGAAAAAGACAGAGGAACUUGAACAAGUUGGGCAUUGGAGGAUUCGUUGUGCGACAAAGACAGACCACCAUUAAAGCGCAGGCAGAUGAUGAGAAAGAUGGCGACGGCACGCAGGCUUCGGGAGAAUCUCCGAGUAAUAAACGCAAGCCUCGUCGCAAGCCGCGCUCUAAACUUAUGGAGCAGUUUCCCUCAUAUAUGCAAGAAGCCUUCUUUGGGAAAGAGUUACUGGAACCUGCCAAACCUUCUGUUAGUUCUACUGGGAACCCAUCAGAGAGUCCUGGAGGCUCAGUGCGUCCAGGUACGCCUGAAGGCUAUCGCGAACUGCGGGACUUCAAAUUGGAGCUGGAGAACUCGGACAGCGACGGUGAGGACGUCAUGUGCGCUCUCUCUGUCUUUACCGACCUUGACACCUCCGUGUAUAUCACACUCAAUUCUGACGAAGUAGACCUCCUCCAUUCACUAAAACCAAAGGAAGAAAAAGAGGAUGGUACGAACCCCGAUGGAACUCCAAAAAUUAAAACGGAAUCAGAAGACGGACAACUGAAACAUACAGAAGACUCGACGGCGCUCAAGAAUGCUAUUUUGGGACCACAGCCGGAGGAACAGGCUGCAAGCGAUAACAUGCCUAAUGUUCAUAGUACUAAGACCGAGACUAUUAGUAGUGAAACCGGCGGGUCGUCGCAAGCAUCUACAAUAUCACCCAAGGACGACUUGUCUAUACUGGGUGUGAAUCUGGACGCGAUGGUGCGCGAUUCACUGCCUGACAUGGAUAGCAAUGAUGUCGAUGAAAUAUUCAAGGGCGUGCUUACUGAUGACUCGCAGGAGUCCCAAGAGUCUUCAGUAUCGUACGUGAACUCCCUGGGCGGCACGCCGUACCCGCAGCGGCAGCCGCUACAGAGCCCGCAGAUGGGCGUUGACUACCCCUCGCCUUAUCACCCUGAAUUUGGAAGCAGCAGCAACAGUGCGAUGAGCCCGCUGUUCUCGGAGGGCGGCUCCGGCGGCACGUGGGCCAGCGACGCGGCGACACCUGCGCCCUCCUACAACCAGCGCAGCGCGGACAAGAUGCGCGCCGACGAGAGUCUGGGCCCGGCAGCAACAAUAUCAGCUGUUCUCUAUGCCAACACGAACCACCAGGAAUGGAAAACGGAAUUCCCUAACUGGGUGGAUCGUUGUAAGCAAAUUCUCAAGAAGUGGCGAGCUCUGCCUGCUGAGCAAAAAGCUCCUUAUUUACAACGCGCUAGGGACAACAGAAGCGCGAUUAGGAUGAAGAAAGCCCAGCAGGAGCAAGAGCGCACGUGCGGGCAGCAACGAAGCGCGCGCGAGGCCGAGCAAGAGCGGCAGUGGAAGCAACUACAGCAAAUGCGCCAACAACAAACGCAGCAGCAACAACAGAUCAUACAAGACCAACGGAUGCAAGCAGCGCUCCAGCGAAUGCGCGCGCCGGACGGCAGCGAGAUCCCUGUCGGGCCAGGCACGCCCUUGACCCCCACGCCCGUGACGCUGGGCGCCGAGGCCCCGCGCAGCGCCUUUCCCGCGCAACGGUUCCCGCUGCAUUACGCCAGCAACGACGAUAUCAAUAGGCAGCUCAGAGACCUGCUGCAGCGGCAUCCGGAUAAGACCAUUUGGCAACAACAAACCAUAGGCGAAGACGGGUCCGUGCAAGGCGUGAAUAUAGAAGGGCAGCAGUUCCGACAUCCUUUGCCGGUCGGCCUGCGUCCGCGUACACCGCUGGCUCCUGGACAAAGGCCUGAUCAUCAACUAUUAAUGCAACAACAACGUCUUGUGAACGCGGAAGGUGGUCAAAUACAACAGAACAUUGGGAAUCCAGCGAAUCAAGGAACUGAACAGAAACCAAAUAUAUCGCAAGCUGGGAAUGUAGAACCUAAACAAGAGACCGAAGGAACAGACGAGAUGGACAUGGGAGAUAUGGACAAACUUGAACAGGAUCCUGGAAAUAUUGGAGAGGUCGGUGACAUUCUAACGGGACUUGGUGGUGAAGAUGAUGAAGAACUACUCGAAUCGCUAACGGCGGAGAUGGGCGAGCAAUUCAACAUCUUGGAGUUCGCGGACCCAGAAUUGGCUGCGUUGAACGACGCUGAGCAUAUCCUCGAUGGGUUGGAGCUAGCUGACGAUGCAGCGCCUGAGAGACACGCCAAGAGAGAGCCACCGGAGGAAGGCGAAAAACCAGAUAACAAAAUGGAUAGCGAUCUCAAGAAAGCCGUGAAGAACAUUGAAAGUGGCACUGCUGAGGUCAAGUCCGAGGUGCAAGAGGUCAAAACAGAGGUAGACGUGAAACACGAGGAGGGGCAGCCUGUAGGCCAGAUGAUGGAAGGAGUGCAAAGAGUUAUAACACAGAAUCAGCAAAUGGCUUUGCAGUCGGCGCUUGCGGGCAUCAAGGCUGAAGUGAAGCUGGAGGACGACAAGGAGGAAUGGCGCAGUGCCGCCGCCCCCUCGCCCGCACCCGCCCCCUCGCGGCCCCUCUUCCCGCACCAGCUGUUCCCGCAGCGCUUACAGGCGCCCAUGCAGCAGGCGGGUAUGCAACGAGCAGGAGGUCAGUUCGGCACAGGGCAAGCAGUGUUGGGACAGCAGCAGGGCAUGCCACGACAACAGGUCCAGUUUUCAACCGGACAGCAUAUGCAUUUCGCACAGGGCGGUGCAGGCACAACAAACACUCAAAGCAUAGUGAACGCGAUGACGGCGCAAGUGAAUGCAGCAUUAGCCGCCGGACGCGCUAUCGCGCCGGGCACGCGAUUGGUCGGUGCAGACGGCGCCGUCGGCAUCGUACGACACGAUCGCACCGUCCACUUGGCCGCUUUGCCACAUUCCGCGACUGUGGGUGGCAACGUGGGCGUGGGGUCGGGCGUGUCGCGCCCCCCGCCCCCGCCGCCGUACCCGGGCACGCUGCGCGCGCCGCAGCCGCACCAGCACCACACGCCGCACCCCCCGCCACCGCCCUACCCGCAGUCGCUGAACAGCAAGCAGCGGCAGUUGCGUAAGUCCGGCAAUGAGCUGAUGCCUAACGACGCCGCCGAGCUGCAGCGGGUGUCGACGGAGCAACAGGCUUUGCAGAAACACCUCGAAGCAGCUCGUAAACAGGCUCGUCAGCAUAGCAUGCUUAUACAGGAGUACGAAACGAAGCACCGUCAACAAAACCCGCAACUUGCGCAGCAGACAGUAAUAGGGCAACAACAACAGAUCACGACCAACCAGACUGUAUUCACACAAAACCAGAAUAUGGCGCAAUCGCCUCAGAUGCAACAACAAAAUACUAUUACCCGACCUAUGCAACUCGGCAUACAGGGCGCUGGUAUCCAACAGCAGCAAACGCUGAUUCGCACACAACAAGUUAUCAACUCGGAUGGACAACUCUCCCAGCAGAGAAUUGGUCUCGUUACGUCACCGUUGAAUGCUCAAGGAAGAAUACUCCAAGGAGGACGAACACUUGUUAUUGAGCAAUCAGGAGCACCUCAACAGCAGCUAGUCAGGCAAUUAUCUGGAGUUCAAGAAAGGCCUCAGUCCAUGGGUGGCAUGGUUCAGUUCGGGCAACAGCAGAUGGCAGGCGUUAGGAACACGAUCCCGGCGGGUAGUCAGACACCACGUCCGCCGGGCUCACGGCCCGCAAUGUCGCCGCUUCACGUUCAAUCUCCACAUUCUCAGUCACCUCUGCAUUCCCUGGCGCCACAGUCCCCGCUCCACCACUUAACGUCUCCAAUGCAAUCUCCGCUGCACUCUCAGCAAUCUCCUCUUCACCAUACGUCUCAAUCUCCGUUACAUCCGUCGACCCAGUCGCCUCUGCACACGCAGCAGUCGCCGUUGCACUCUCAGCAGUCGCCGAUGCAUGUGCAGCAGACAAGCAUGCCACAGAGCCCGAUGCAUCCUCAGCAAAGCCCGAUGCAUCCUCAACAGAGUCAAAUGCAUCAGCAGCAGUCGCCUAUGCAUCAGUCUCCGAUGCAUCAGUCACCGCUGCACAGCCAGCAGCAGCAGCAGCAGCAGAUGUCGACGCAACACUCGCCGAUGCACCCACAACAGAGUCCAAUGCACAGCCAGCAGAGCCCAAUGCAUUUACAGCAGAGUCCGAUGCAUACACAGCAGAGUCCAAUGCAAUCGGCGAUGUCACCCCAACACUUCUUGCAACAAUUGCAGGUACAGAGGACUAGUCCGCAGUUGCCAACGCCUAGUCGAAGCCCACAGAUUUAUCAACAAUCACAAAUUCAAAGUCCAGUGGCAUCACAUUCCCCACAAAUGCAAAACAAUGACUUUACAACGGGAAGAUUUCCCCGGCCAGCACCUGGCUGUUCGCCGCUACCAACUAGAUUUGCUAGGCCUCCUCAUCAUCAACAGGGAAUGAGGGUAGCCUUUAAUGAUGGUAGAGUGCCUUAUGGAAGUCGCCAGCAAACAUCUCCGCAUGGUAGUCCGCAGCCCAUGCCAUCGCCUGGAAACCAAGCUAACGAAAUGGCUCGGCAGCAGAUGGCGGCGCGUCAGCAAUACAGCCCGAUGGGCACAGCGCCCGCGUCGCCGGCGCCGGGGGUGGCGCGCUCGCCGCACGUAGCGCGCACACCCACGCCGUCGGCCUCGCCGGCCGCCUCGCCCGCGCCGCACCACCAGGACCACGGCGGAGGUGGUCACCAUUCCCAUCACAUGGCGCCUUUUCCGCCCGGUUACAGAUAUUUUAAAGUGGGACUCUUCGGCGGAGCUCCAGUGUGGCCCAAUAAAGAUGACGCUCGUCGGCCAGCACACAUCAACAAAGUCUCUAUUUUGAAGAGACGCACUCCGCCGCGACCGAGAUUCGCCGGCAAAACAGCUGCUCCCAGCACCUCAGAAGAAAGAUCUACUGACGAAGGAGAAACAAGCGAUGCGAGGAAAUAUGUCCUGUACUCGACAGACGCUGUCGAAUAUGCAUCACCUACUGACGAAGCACGAAUAAGCUUCAAGGACGACGACGAAGACAUGGAAGAAUUCGUCGAACAUCUAGACGACGAUGACAUUGUAGUGGUUGAACCUGGAGCGAUAUCGCCAGAAAAGCAAAUUGCUACCGAAGAAGAUUUUGAAGAAUUAAUAGAUAGCGGCAAACCCGAAGAUGAAGUAGAAGAAGAAAUUCCAAUGGAGAAGCCUACUAGAACUGAAACUACAACUAAAACUGUUGCUGUUAUUAGUCUAGCGCCAGCUAAGCAGCCUACUGCAAAUGUGCAGCAAUACAAAAUAGCUCAAAACACUGCUCUAUCUCGGUUGCCUGUUCUAAGCGCGACUGUGUUGUCUCCGCAUUCCAAUACUAAAAUACUCAAUGAGGUGUCUCAAGCUACAGUCGCAUCUGUCUCAAUUGCAAAUCAAACUAUUUCUGUACCAGUAUUGAAAAGUCUUUCUGUACCAAUUGCGAAUGUAGCUGGCCAUCCUGGUGGUGCUAAACAACUAAAGAAAGUUCCUCUGCACAUUACCAAUUCGCCUUUAAACAUUAACAUGUCAUCGGCUCCUGCAUCAUCUAAACCUAUCAGCUCUGUAAUUAGCGUUAUUUCGUCAAAUGUUACAAAAGCAUCAUUGAAUCCAGUAAUCACUUUAGCAACUUCAAAUACAGCAGGUACUUCUAGAGUACCAGUCUCAAUUCUGACACAACAUCAAGUUAAACAGAAAAUUGUUAAAACUAUUGAAAAACCUAUGGCUUUAUCACUAUCCAAUACAAAACUGUCAAGCUUAGCUGUGACUCAUGAUGCAACGCUCCCAGCAAAGAUAUUCCAAGAUGAAGCCGCUUCGCCAGAUAGCACUGUUACAUCAGAAAAUAUUCCCGAGAAAGACUUACAAAAUCCCCAUACGUCUCAUCUAUCUAUGACAUCACAGGGAACUUCACAUAUGGAGCAGAAAUUGGCACCAGUGCUUAAAGACUCCAGAGAAAUAGACAUCGAGUCUGAAAUCAGCCAACAAACUGAGCUACCUCAUACUUUGUGUAUGGAUAGAACACCGUUAUUGCUUGGUAAAGCAGAUAUUAAAAGCCCAGAUCCAAUUCCCGAAAAGAUUCCUGACAAUAUCAUGGAAGGUGACGACGAAGACAAACCUGAGGAUAAUGUGCAAGGGAAUAUUUUAUUGCAAUAUAAUAAACCGGAACCACCGCUCCAAAAUCCACCACCACCUGAAUCUAAGCCGGAAGAAAACGUAGUAAAGACGAUAAAAGCUAUUGCCAAUCAAACUAAGGAAAUGGUUAUAGAUUCCAACAUGCAAAUAACCUCGGACAUGGCUCAUGAUUCUGUACAAAUAUCGAUUCCUUCUCCGACUCCUUCGCAAGAGAGAUAUCUUAAUGAUAUUACCAUGCAAGAGCAUCCGGUAACCUCAGAAGGCAAUCCAAAACACGUGGAAACAUUUGAAGACAUGCUUAGCAUUCUCGAAAAUAUUAAUGACGAUACGAAGACUUAUGGGAAACAACAGUCAAAACAACAACAACAACAGCAGCAGCAGCAUCUGCAACAUGCUAAUCGGAGUGUUCAAAAUCCCAACCCUAUUACCACAAAACAAGAAAUUAAAGAAACUCCAGAACAAUCAUUUUCUAAAAGAGAAACGGAACGGCUUGGUCUUCAAUCUGCUACGAUACCUCAACUUUCACCGUUAUCACAGCCAGCCGAACUGACAUCCAACAUGGCGAAUGUGUCUCAACAACUCCGCACAAUAAUGUCAUCGUUAAAUCCAAACACAGGAAAAACAGAAUCACAACCUACACCUCAAGUAGUGCGGAAAAUUAGCGAUUCCACUACUCCAACUCAAGUUAAUUUUGAAAAUUUAUUACCUUCGUCAAAAGUUGAAGUCGCAGUGUCAAGGCCAUCUUCGGUCCAAAGGAUUGAAAAAGCACCCAGUUCUAUCCCAAGUUCAGAAAACUUGCCGAUGAGUGCAGCUCAAAUGAUCGGUACACGUGUCAAUACGCUCUCGACCAUGGGCCAAAUGAGAAAAUCACCCACUGUGUCUCCAAUACACUCUCCCGUAGGAAUGCAACAAGGAAACUUGAUGAAAUCACCGCAAGUUACAUCGCCUCUAGUAGCAAAUCAACCUUUUACAUCAGGUGAAGAAAAUUCAACUUCAAUACCCUCACAGAUGAUUCAAAUGCCUGCCCUAUCUAAAAUACAAAGUUCUUCAACACCGUCGACAAUUUUACAUUCGGGUAAUACUAUUACUACAAGCUUCAGUGGUUUACAAAAGGGGCAACAAAUACCGACUAGCAUUUUGGGACACACAUUGCUGCAACCUACGAGACAAAUAAACACCAAUAAUCUAGCGUUUAGCCAGCAAAGUAUCAGUUCCAGUCAACCACCUGCUUUAGUCAUGACUUCUAGACCGAUGAUGGGUAACAAAGAACCGGCGCCUAAUGUGACUGCUAGAACACAUACUGUUGCCAGUACAGGCAUAAGCCCUAUGCCACAAAAACCUGGGCAGGCGCCUAUUAACUUUAUUACGUCCUCUAAACUACUGCACACCCAGCUAACGUCGCCAUUGAAACGAUCAAAAUCUACAGACGAACCUAAAAGUGAAGUUAUUGUGGGUCACAUUCAACCUACAAAGAGACAUAGCGUGGAAUCUGUAAUUGUGAAAUCGGAGCCAAUGGAAACUGAUGAACAUAGUGCUGCUCCACCGAGCACUGCUGAUCCAUCGGGAAAUAAGGCAAAUCAGCAAAACGCAGCGAAUCAGAGGAACGAUGAGUCGCAGAACGUUUUAUUAAAACAACUUUUGCAAACUACUACGACUACAGCGACUGUGGUUCCUCCGCGAACUAUGACUAUACAAAGGACUGCGCCAGCCCUCGGCACCAUUCCAUCCUUAGAGGCUCAACUGGCGCGACCUUCGAUCCCGCCGCCUACGCUAGCGUUGACGCCAGAGGUAGAAAUACCAAAGAGCUCCCCACGACACAUGCCUGGAAUGAAUUCACCGUUUGCACCGCGCCCCAUGCAGCAACCUCAGCAACAGCUCCAACAGCCGCAGCAACAUCUCCAACAGCCGCAGCAACAUCUCCAACAGCCGCAGCAACAUCUCCAACAGCCGCAGCAACAUCCACAGCAACAGCAGCAGCAUCCGCAGCAACAUCCACAGCAACAGCAUCCGCAACAACAGCAUCCGCAACAGCAGCAUCUGCAACAACAUCCGCAACAACAGCAUCCACAACCGCAUCCGCAGCAACAAAUGACUGUGCCCACAUCAUCCAUGUCGCCCUCAAUGCAAACUUCUACACAAUCUUUAAUGGACGUGAGGAAAUUACAACCAAUGAAAGUCAUUCCCAAGGAGGAAACCACACCAAUCCCCGAAAGUUCUCCGACUAUGAAAUCUAUGCAGAUGUAUCCUAUGAAUAUUGAUAAUCAACAGCUUCAACAACUUCAGCAACAGGGUGUAAAGCGAGAAGUUGCUCCGCCUCAACAAAGUCCAGUUCAACGACCUUUCACGCCGAUGGACGUAAAAAAAGAACUAUUAGAUGAAAGUUCUCAGCAAUCUGCUACUUCAGGUGUAUCUACUGCUUCUGAUCAGGGCAAAUUAGAUGUCCAAAUGAAAGAAGAGUACCCAGAAAGUGUGAAUAUGGACCCAUCCUCGGAAGUUAAUCCUGCCGAAACACCAUCCGAAGCCAAGAAACGCAAAAGACGAGAAUACCAGCAAAAGAAACGAAAGCAAAUGCAAAUGAACAUGAAGGCAGCUGCUGAAAACAAUUUAACCUCAGCCAACGCCAAAAAGAGACCCCGUAAAGGUUCGAGAUACGAGGAAGAUUAUGAUACAUUUAUUGACAAUCUUAUGACUCAGUUACGUCUUCUACCAACUAUGCAGAUUCAGGAACCAGCAUUGACUACGAACUUUUCUGUAUGUCCUCUUUUUGGUUCGGGUGACUUGACUAAACUAAAAAAUAAGGACUAUGAUAUUUUGAAAGGUGAUUUGAUUGGGGAAUUUGGUAAUGCGAGAAUUCCUAAUGUAGCCGACUAUUACAACACCAAACCAUUCGGAGAACAAGAACCCCUACCUGAAAAACCACCAGCGUCAACGCAAAGAGGAUUCUAUGAUCAAGAAUUCCAACCUAUUAUGUUCGACGAUGAUCCUGACGAUAAGAAACUGGACUUUAUUUGCAAAGAGCGUGACACAGAUACUCCAGAUAGCAUUGUUAGUUGCUCAAGCCCUGAGUGCCUUGAUAUGGAACCUCCGAACAGAUUCCCUGGCCUUAAACUUAUUGAUGACGAAGAGGAGGAAGAAGACAGCGAUUCGGCAAUUUCUGGUCGUGUAUCACCUAUCAUACCGAUUAUUGCACCUCUACCAAUUAGAGUCAAACCCGUAUCGUUGUACAAUCUAAAAGAAGAAGACGAUAAUCUAAAAUCAUUAAAAUGCUUGGAUACAGAUUCGCCAAUGAAGAAGAUGAUGGAUUCUCCUGGUAGUACGGAGAGCAACGAGAACGUCACUGUUACGCUUACCUUGACUUCCGGAGCUGCGGAGGACAUUCUCGGUGUGCUCAAAGAACUUGCCGGUAUCUUACAUAUUCCACCUCCAACGUCAUAUCAGAUCGUUGAAAGAACCGCUACGCCGCCGUCGCACAAACUAGGGUUAUACAGAUCAAAAGGGAAAGAUGGUAAAGAAGGUACGCCUAUUGAUAUUCAAAGUAUCUUAAAUGGUGCUGCGAAAUUCUGCCGGCAUUGUGACGUCGUAAUUUUGGAUUCCGUUGUAAGGGCGAAGGCAUCGGAAUUCCCGCUACUAUCCGCGAAUAAAGGCAACGCUGAAGAGAUUUUAUGCGACAGCGACUCAGAAUUGUACUUCUGCAGUGCACAAUGCUACGAAAGAUUCGCGUGGCGGCCCACGAACAUCAUUCUCGACGGCAAAUCCAAGACCACAGUCAAGGAAGACAACAAAUCAGAUGGCGAUGCCAAUAUUUCCAAAGAGCGAGAUGAUUUCGACACCGCAUCAACAGAAAGCAUGGAGACUGACGAGUUAGAUAUCAAACCGGACAUUAAAGACGAAAAGAUGGACUUGUCCUUUAUGGACUCUCUUGAUAAUGAUGAAUUGAUGAAGGAAGUUGGUGAUGACGUCAUGUCUAUGGACGAAGAUUUAAAGAGUGUGGAGCAAGAUGAAAAAAGCAAUCAAAGCGUUGAGAAAGAGAAAUACAAAGGCGUUCGAUACAAGGCAUGGGCACCUGGAUGUAUUGGGCCUCCAGUUAAAUACAAGCGUCCUACAGACAGAGAACUGACUGAGUUAGUAUUUAGGACUGGUGUUGCUAUAAUGCCAGUGACUAAUGAGGAUUCACGAAAAUGCGAAUUAUGUGGUAUUCAAGGGGAUGGAGUGGCUGACGGCGUGUCGAGGUUAUUAAACUGUGAUGUAGACAGAUGGGUGCACCUCAAUUGCGCUCUCUGGUCUGAAGGGGUCUAUGAAACUGUGAGUGGAGCAUUGAUGAACGUGGAGACUGCCCUGGCGGCCGGUUCGAACGCCACAUGCGCUGUCUGCAGAAGGCUCGGAGCAACUGUGCGAUGCUUCAAAGUUCGCUGUGGCAGCGUGUACCACCUCGGCUGCGCGGUUAAGGACAACUGCGUAUUUUAUAAGAAUAAGACGGCUUUCUGUGCCUCUCAUGCUCCUAAGAACGAAAAGGAUAACGAAUUGACCACUCUCAGCGUCCAACGUCGAGUGUAUGUAUCCCGCGAUGAACAACGUCAAGUGGCGUCAGUGAUGCUGCAUUCUGAUACGAAUCAUCUAAUCCGAGUUGGAGGGUUGAUAUUCCUAAGCCCAGGACAUCUGCUACCACAUCAACUCGCUGCCUUCCACACGCCUAACUAUAUCUACCCUAUUGGAUACAAAAUCGUGCGUUUCUACUGGUCGAUGACGAAGGCCAACAGCCGUUGUCGGUACCUUUGCUGGAUCUCUGAAGAGGAGGGAAAGCCGCGCUUCCACGUGCGCGUGCAGGAUGACUCCAGACACGAGAUGGCCGCCGCCACGCCGCGCGCCGCCUGGGCCUCUGUCCUAGAUGCAGUGGCGGCGCUGCGCGAUGGCCGCGCCGAGAGUGGCGUCCUCAAGCUGUGGAGCAACUACGUCACCGGGGAGGACCUGUUCGGCCUUACCGAGCCUGCGGUCGUCAGGGUCCUGGAGAGCCUACCCGGGAUCGAAACGUUGACGGACUAUCGGUUCAAGUUCGGGCGGUCGGCGCUGCUGGAGGGCGGGCUGGCCGUGAACCCGUCGGGCUGCGCGCGCUGCGAGCCGCGCCUGCGCAGCCAGUGGCGCCGGCCGCCGCGCGCCUCGCUGCCGUCCACGCCCGCGCCCGCCGCGCCCAACUCGGCGCUGGAGCCCGCCUGCCCCUACAGCAAGCAGUUCGUGCACACCAAGAGCAGCCAGUACAAGAAGAUGAAGCUGGAGUGGCGCAACAACGUCUACCUCGCCAGAUCGAAGAUACAAGGUCUUGGGCUGUACGCCGCACGAGAUUUAGAGAAGCAUACGAUGGUGAUAGAAUACAUCGGGGAGAUUAUUCGCUCCGAGCUUUCCGAGAUAAGAGAGAAGCAGUACGAAGCUAAGAACCGCGGCAUCUACAUGUUCCGGCUUGACGAGCGGCGGGUGGUGGACGCCACCCUGAGCGGUGGCCUGGCGCGGUACAUCAACCACUCGUGCCAGCCCAACUGCGUGGCCGAGACCGUGGAGGUGGACCGCCACGUGCGCAUCAUCAUAUUCGCCAAGAGACGCAUCGCGCGCGGUGAAGAGCUGGCCUACGACUACAAAUUCGACAUCGAGGACGACGCCCACAAAAUAAUGUGCAUGUGCGGCGCGCCGAAUUGCCGCAAAUGGAUGAACUGAACACUAACUACAGAGCUUUAUGUAAAACUAACUGUUUUUUAUCCGUUACGGUAAAUAUCCGACCUGAAGUCAACGUUAUAUCGUCUGUUAUAACUGAUAAUACUAAUGUGCAUAAUUUAAUAUUUUGACAUGACACGUAAAUAUAUCGAUGUUUUAAAUGGAAGUUAGAACAAAUUGCUAGUGACCCUAACCCUAUUCGAAAGGCACUGCAAAAACCUUAUUUGCCACUCUGAGACGCUUAUAAUAACGAUAAUUUUUACAUAAAAAUUAUGUACAAUUAUCACGAUCUACUAACACAUAAUUAUAAAUUAAGAAAGUGACCACAGUUGACUAUUUUGCAAAUACAAAACACACCUUAUUUCUAUUGUAGAAAUGGCUAUGAACUUAGUUAUAAUGUACCAAAGUGUCGUAGGACGCAUUGAAUGGAAAUGAAUGAUUAAUGAAUGAAUUUUCAAAGCUUACGUGUGAUUUAUAUUAAGACAAUAUGAAUAUUAUAAUAAUUGAUUAUGUCAAAUAGUUUUGUAACUUUGAUAAAAGAUUGUUUCGUCACUUAUAAACAGUGAUCGCAAUAGGUAAAGUAUACUUACCUAAGAUUCCACUAAUACACAUAGAGUCCGUAUACCUCCUGAAAUCUGGGAAGGUUUAAAAAUAAAAACCGAAAAAUAUUUUUACUUAUAAUAACAAAACUUUUGAAUACAGUACCAUAGUAAAAGUACUUACACUUUACACAUAUAACUAGUAAC